UCUGCGUCUAACCCCCUGACCUCCCUGCAGACUGCCUCUCCUCAAGGGCAGAGGACAAGCUGUUCAAGAAGCUGUUCAAACGUUACAACCAGUUCAUCCGCCCAGUGGAGAACGUCUCCGACCCAGUCAUGGUGGCCUUCGAGGUCUCCAUCUCCCAGCUGGUCAAAGUGGAUGAGGUGAACCAGAUCAUGGAGACCAAUCUAUGGCUCCGACAUAUUUGGAACGACUACAAGCUACGAUGGAUGCCCGUGGAGUACGACGGCAUCGAGUUCAUCCGAGUUCCUGCCAACAAACUCUGGAGACCCGACAUCGUUCUCUACAACAACGCUGUGGGGGAUUUCCUGGUGGAGGACAAGACCAAGGCCCUGCUGAAGUUUGACGGCACCAUCACCUGGGUUCCUCCGGCCAUCUUCAAGUCCUCGUGCCCCAUGGACAUCACCUACUUCCCCUUCGACUACCAGAACUGCUCCCUCAAGUUCGGCUCCUGGACCCACGACAAGGCCAAGAUCGACCUGUUACUGAUUGGCUCAAAGGUGAACCUCAAGGACUUCUGGGAGAGCGGCGAGUGGGAGAUCAUCGACGCGCCGGGCUACAAGCACGACAUCAAGUACAACUGCUGCGUGGAGAUCUACACGGACAUCACCUACUCCUUCUACAUCCGCCGGCUGCCCCUCUUCUACACCGUCAACCUCAUCAUCCCCUGCCUGCUCAUCUCCUUCCUCACCGUGCUGGUCUUCUACCUGCCGUCCGACUGCGGCGAGAAGGUCACCCUGUGCAUCUCGGUGCUGCUGUCGCUCACCGUGUUCCUGCUGGUCAUCACCGAGACCAUCCCCUCCACCUCGCUGGUCAUCCCGCUCAUCGGCGAGUACCUGCUCUUCACCAUGAUCUUCGUCACGCUCAGCAUCGUCAUCACCGUCUUCGUGCUCAACGUGCACUACCGCACGCCCAUGACCCACACCAUGCCGGGCUGGGUGCGCGCCGUGUUCCUGCGGGCGCUGCCCCGGGUCAUGCUGAUGCGCCGGCCCGUGGACCAGGAGGGCAAGGCGGCCGGCGGGACGGACGGCGCCGGGGAGGCCGGUGUGGGGGGAGGAGCCGGGGCUGGAGGCGGGGCCGGCGGAGGAGGAGGAGUAGGAGGAGGAGGAGGAGGGAAGGGAGUGUGGAAGAGGAAGAACAGCCUGACGCAGCAGGUCGGAGGUGGGUCCCUGAACUGCCUGGACUUCGGGGACAGUAAGCUCUCCUCCAUAGAGGGCUGUGCUGGGAACAAGUGCCCCUGGAAGGAACCCCCAGAUAUGGCGGACCCGGGGAAGCUGGCCGGUCUGCUGGGCUCCCAGAGCCUCCACUCGGUGGCCGCGUUUUCCGCCGUGUCGCCCGAGAUCAAGCAGGCCAUCGAGAGCGUGAAGUACAUCGCCGAGAACAUGCGCAGCCGGAACAAGGCCAAAGAGGUGGAGGAUGACUGGAAGUACGUUGCCAUGGUGAUCGAUAGAAUCUUCCUGUGGGUCUUCGUGACUGUGUGCAUCCUGGGAACCCUGGGCCUCUUCCUGCAGCCGGUGAUCAACUUCCUGUCAUAACCGCUUGUCCGAAGUGACUCUGAGCCGGUCCCGACAAGCUCUCAGGCCCCCAGACCUGACCCCCGAACUCUGACCUUUUCUAACGUUGACCUUUGUGCACUAUUUGCUGUGCAGGUUUUGAAAUCUCUCUCUUUUACAAAAUUCUCCAAAGGUGUUUCAUCUCUCACUGUGUCUGUGUUGAAUCAAAUCAAAUUCAACUUUAUUUAAGAUUGCGGUUUCGUGGCAAAAAAACAGCAACGCAAAGUGCUUAGCAAACGGGAAACGGUGCCACCAGAACAAGAAAUGCUUUUAAACUAACAGUACACGUAUGAAUACCAGAGAAACGCAUCAGCAAACAGCAAUGCAAAGUGCUAUGCAUGGGAAACAAUUGAAUGGGAAAACUGAGUUUUUAAAAAACACGAUUCGUGAAUGAGCAGAGUAACUGCCUGGCAGGGGACUGCGUCAACAUUGAUGCUUACAGACUGGGAGCAGUCCGUGAUGAGUAGAAGCAAUGAAUGCCUCCGCCCGAUGUGUUGACUGACAGCGGUCCUAUCUAAUCACAGAUCUGAUUCAUUAAACUGCCCUCUUUUAAUUGAAUUGAAUUCAAAGAUUUAAAUUAAUUUCAAAUUUAUUUGUAAAGCCCUUUAUCACAGGUACAGUUCAAAGGGCUUAACAGGCCAUAUAUUUAUGACAGACAGUUGACCGACAGCUGUCAUAUCGUAUCACGGAUCUGAUUCAUUGAACGGCUCUCUUCUCACUCAGAACCGACGCCAGACCUCUGUCUUUUUUGCGUCGUUCCCGAUAAGAAAACAGAGUUCUCCAGAGGAAUGGGGGUGAGGGAAUGCAAUCAGGGCACACUGUUCUUAUUUGGUAAUUAGGAUCAGCAAGAUUUACAAACGUUCCUGUGAUUAAUGUUCCAGCAGCUAAUUGGUUGGCCUGGUAAAUAUGGACUUGAAUGGUCGGUCUGAAAUAGCUCCAUAUUUAUACAUGCGUCUGAGGAUUUUAUCAUCCAAUUCCAUGGCUAUUAAAUCCUGCUUUUUUCCUCCCACCUUUUUAAUUAACUGUUCCACAGAGAUGUAAUAUAAUACAUGCAAAUAAUACAGCGUUGUUUCAAUUUGUAUGACUUGACCAGGGAACAGAAACCGUGGUGUGUUUGGUAUUUAUUUAUGCCUUCGUUUAUGUGCGUCCUUUGCAAUUACAUGUUUAUUCCUCUGCCAUUACGGCGUACGCUCACACGCCGGAACACGAAACGUCAAGUGGAUUUUACUCAAUUGUUGUCUCUAUUUUUGUCUCAUUUUAAAUUCUGAAUAAAUGUGAAUCAAUUGAACAAA